UUACUUUGCUGUAAAUCUAUUGUUUAAUAACCAAAAUUCAUCGUUAUCGCCGCCUUCAUCAUCCCCACUUACAACUCUCUCACAAGAAGAUAUUUCUAUAAAUUUGAAAUAUUGUGGUGAACCGAAAUGCAAAUUUAUGUUCGUUUAUGGAGUACUAGGGGAACAAGAAUCUAGACUCAAUUUACAUUUCUCGUCACUUGCAAAAUUAGCAAUAUUCUUAAAUAGAACAUUGGUAUUGACAAAUGUUGGACAUUCUGAAAUGAAUGCGUGUUCUGAUUUUCCGUUUGAGUUUUAUUAUGAUAUCGAACAACUAAAAAAAAAUAUGCCAGGUUUACAAGUUAUUACACAAAAAGAUUUUUAUAAUUGGAUUGGAGAACGUAGUUUUAAACCUAAUGUAACUCUUAGUUACAUGUCACAUAAAGAACCUAGAUUCACAUCAUCAAAACCUUCAACCCAAUUUUUUAAAAAUCCUGAAGAUGAACAAUGUUAUAAUUCAUUAAAUCUCAAACCAAUAGAUUACAAAGAGGUUUAUUGUGGAGCUAAUAUACGUACUAAAGAGUAUCGAGAAGAGAUGAAAAGCUUUUUAAUGAAAGAAUUUGAUACAGACGUUGAAAUAUUAUUGAUAAGGUAUAUUCUUUAUGGAGGUGAAUUUUUGGAAAAAGGAUCAGUUUUAGCUUAUGCAAAACAUAUAGUUGAAGCUAGCAGUAGAGUUGUUAACAAAUUAAAACCUUUUAUUGCCAUACAUUGGAGAAUGGAAUCAGCGGAUGAAGAAUUAGCUCCAAAGUGUUCAUUACAACUUAACCAUCAUUUGGCAAUAAGUUAUUUAAAUUCUUUACUUUCAGUAAAGACAUGGGUAUCAAUGAAAGCACUUGAUUAUUUAUCUGAUGACAAAAGGUUGGAUCAAAAGGCAGUACAACAUGAAUUAAAAGGAGCGGGAGUACAGGGUAUUAUGGAUAAAUUGAUAUUAAUGAACGCAGAUUAUUUUGUUAGUGGUCCAAGUGGUUGUGCCAGAAUACGAAGUUUAAAUUUAAAACAGUUAGUUCAAGAUUUAAGUUCCAAAUGUAAAAAUGUCGAAGAUUUCCAUCAAAUUCCCGAUAAAUAUGACGAUCUUCAAAUUGAGUCAACCACCAUAACCAAGGCUUCAAAAUUAAAUCAAACAAUUACACCGACAACAGCUUCAAAACCGAAAGCAGUAAAGAUAAGACCCAUUCUCAAUUAUCAUGGUAAACCUACCCUUGAACAAAUGCAGGCAUACCAAGACCAGCCAAUUCCAUUCAAAUCUAAAAUGGAAUGUGAAAGUUAUCAUGAACAAAAUGGAAUCUCCUCCAAAGAAUUGUGGAAUUGGUCACCAAUCCGUGUUUUCAUUGGUAUAUGGACGACAGCAAAAGGGCAUAAAAUUCGAAGUAUAGUACGAGCUAUAAAUUUAAAGCAACAAGAAAAUUUGAUUGGCGACAACGUGGAUUUCAAGUUUAUCCUAGGAAGACCACCAAAAGAUGUGUACACACCCGAUUUGAAAUUAAAAUUGACUACUGAGAAUGAUACCUAUGGCGAUCUUGUAAUGCUGGAUAUGGAAGAGAAUAUGAAUAAUGGCAAAGCGUAUUAUUACUGGAAGUGGGUUUGGGAGCACCUCGGUACCAUGAAAUAUGAUUAUGCAGCAAAGGCAGAUGAUGACGUAUUUGUACACUUUCAAAAUCUGGCACUUAACCUUCGACCAUUGCCACGAGAUAAUGUGUAUUACGGAUGUAAGCAUAAGUACUAUAUUACAGGUAUGCUUGUAGUUCUCUCGAUGAAUUAUCCACAUCUGAUUUCAACAACUCCAUUCAACAAAACCGAAUGGAGGGGGGGCGAAGACACAAGGUUGGGAAAAUGGCUAAUUAAUCAUGCAAAUUCAACUUUAAAUCCAAUUGAUGAACAUUGCUUACUUUUUCAAGACCCAAGGAUCCCAGUAUUUUAUGUUGUAGGGAGAAAAUGGGCAUCACCACAAUCAAUUGUCAUACAUUGGUUAAAAGACUUGUAUGCAUGGAAAGGUGUCAUUGAUUUAUACAUUCCAGAUGUUAUAAAAGAUUUGAAAGCAUCAACCAGUGUAGGAAAUUGA